UUGCACACACGCACACACACACACACACAGUCCGUCCGGAUAGGAUGGGACCAGAGCAGAGCAGUAGCCACAUAUCCGUGCACGCCUGACCGCUAAGACUACUUCCUGGACCAAAAGAAUGGGACAUUUCCAGCAACACUUUUCUCCUUCAACCUCGGUCUCGCUGACGCCGCGGAUAAUCACUUAAUAAUGACCGCGUAUGAUCAAUAAUAUUCGACCACUUUUUCCUGUAGUUAAAGACAGCGAUUGAUUGCCGAUUGACUCCCCCCCCUCACCCACUCCCUUCUCCCUCUCCUCCUGCUUUUUCUCCCUACACUUCGGGAAUGUCGCUAUGUGGAAGCCCGCUGCAGACACGGAGGACUCCAACAACAAGAGAUUUUGAAUUGUUUUCGCGCAGCCUCUGCGUGCUCGCCGCUUUAUUCCUCGAAGCUAAGGAGAGCAGCCCGUGCUCGGUCCGGAGGCGAGUGAAUCUGGCUUUUUCAAAUCAGUGACUGUAUCCUGUGACCGUCAAACCGUUUCUAUACUUUGAUGCUCUGCCUUCGUGGCCGCCGUGCCAACUUCGGCUUCAGUGUGUGCGUGUGAUUCUUUCUAAAGGACAAGCAGCAGCAGCAGAAGAAGAGGAAGAGGAGAGAGGGGUUAAAAAAAAAAAAGACUAACUUAAUCACCCGUUGCCUUUUCUUGUUGCUCUCGAUGAGUAGUCUAACAUGCGGAAAAUACGGGAACCGAGUCACUGGUGGAUUUUAACCCUGCUGUUUUUAACCUUGCCCGAACACAAAGACUGUCAACCCGUUGCAUCGGGUGACCAACCUCGCUUCACUGGAGGCAGCCGUCCUGGGAGCACCGGCGUAAUGAGGGAGAGGAGGACAGCUGGUGACCCCUACUGGUCCUAUUCAGGAAGCCAUGGGCCUCGAGGCUGGGCAGCUUCUUACCCAGAGUGUGCUGCAAAGGACCAGUCUCCUGUGGAUAUUAUAGAUGAACAAGCUCUGGUGCUGGACGAGUACCAGAUGCUGGAGCUCGACAAGUUCAACAUAGAGUCAUCCAACCAGACCACCAUGAAAAACACUGGAAAGACAGUCGCUGUGCUGCUGAAGGAUGACUACUUUGUAAGAGGCGCUGGACUGCCAGGGCGCUUUAAGGCUGAGAAGAUGGAGUUUCACUGGGGCCAGAGUAAUGGAUCAGCAGGCUCAGAGCACAGCAUAAAUGGCAGAAGGUUCCCCGUAGAGAUGCAGAUCUACCUUUACAAUUCAGACGACUUCGACAGCCUCAGCGCGGCCAUGAAGGAAAGACGCAUCAUCGCCGCCAUGGCUGUCUUCUUUGAGCUUGGGCAAAAAGACAACCCAGCUGUGGACCCAAUCAUCCAGGGAUUGAAAGGGGUGGUGCACCAUGAAAAGGAGACCAACCUCAGGUCAUUCAUCUUGAGGGAUCUGCUGCCUUCGUCGGUGGACAGUUAUUACCGAUACACCGGCUCUUUGACCACUCCGCCCUGCAGCAAAGUAGUGGAGUGGAUCAUCUUCUCCAGGCCCGUGUAUCUGUCCCACUCACAGCUGGAUGCUUUUUGCUCCAUCUUCACUACGGAACAACAGGACCACGUCAAGUCUGUCGAGUACCUGACAAACAACUUCAGGCCGCUGCAGGACCUGAAUAAUAGGAAGAUUUUUAAGUCGGCUGUGAAAGACGCAUGGCAGAAAGAUUUGACUGAGAUAUUAGGAAGCCCACACAGCACAGAGGCUUCUAGAGUGUGUAGCAGUGCCCCAGUGAGCAUGAAGAUCCAACCGCUGAAUGAGACGGCCUUGAUGGUGAGCUGGGAACGCCCCCUGACCAUCUACCACCCGCCCAUCACCGGCUACAUGGUCUCCUACAGCUGGGUGAAACGGGACGUAGCAGAUGAAAAGACUUUUAUAAAGACAGGAGACCAUAGCAUGAAAGCGGUCAUUACUAACGUGUCGCCAGACCUGCUGUACCUGUUCAGGGUGCAGGCCGUGUGUCAGCUUGACCUGCGCAGCGACUUCAGCCAGACGCUGCUGUUCAGAGCAAAUACAACCAGGAUCUUUGAAGGCUCUCGCAUUGUGAAGACCGGGAUGCCCACGAUAUCCCCGGCUUCAUCUGCAGACAUGGCUCCCAUCAGCUCCGGCUCGUCCACCUGGACGUCCUCUGGCAUCCAUUUCUCCCUCGUCUCAAUGGCCACAGGGAUGGGCCCCUCCUCCAGCGGCAGCCAGGCCACGGUGGCAUCAGUGGUGACCAGCACCUUGCUGGCAGGCCUGGGCGUCGGUGGUGGGGUGAUCUCCUCCUUGCCCAGCUCCGUUUGGCCCACGCAGACUCCUCCCGCCAGCCAGAACCCGACGCAUCCGUCCACCCCACCUUCGAAGCCCAGCACCGAGCAGGCGGCGAGUCAGGGUGCCGAGAGCGAGAAGCAGGCCGAGGACAAACCGGCCACGGGCGAGGGGGAGAAGAAGGAGGAAGAGAACGGCGAGAAGGAGGAAGAAGAAGAGGAAGAAGAGCCUGAAAAAAGGAAAAAGGACAAGAAUUCACCUGAUAAUGAGGAGAAGCGGGCCAACAGCACAGUGUCCGAAGAGCCUUUAAUCCCUACCCCCGCAUCCACAGCCAAAGAGAAAGGAAAGGGCAAGCCGACAGCCAGAGCCGGCGCGGAGCCUGCGAGCAGCGAUGAUGACCGCUUGGUAAACGAGGAGAGGAGACCCACCGAAGUAAACACGCUCUCCACUCAGGAGCCACAUAAUGACAGCGCUGAGAUGCAGAUUCCUCAGAGCUCCACCGUAUCUCCAAAGAAUAGAAGUGACGGAAAGGGUCAAUGGCCAUUUUCCGUCCACACUGAUCAAACCGUCUUGUCCAACGUGACGCGGACUCCUCACCCAGGAAUGAGCCGGAUGGUGUGGAUCGUCCCCCUGGUGGUGGUGUCUGCUCUCACUCUGCUCUGCCUCGUCAUGCUGCUGAUCGUGAUGGUCUACUGGAGGAGAUUUUUCCAGACGGCUCAUUUCUAUGUGGAGGAGAGCAGCUCUCCACGGGUGGUGGCCAAUGAGAAUAUCCCAAUCAUCCCUAUACCAGAUGAUAUGGACGCCAUUCCUGUCAAGCAGUUUGUUAAACACGUCAUGGAACUUUACAAAAGCAACAUGCAAGGUUUUGCGGAGGAGUUUGAGGAGGUCCAGCGCUCCACAGUCGACUUAAAAAUCACCGCAGAACAUUCCAAUCAUCCUGACAACAAGCACAAAAACAGAUACAUCAACAUUGUAGCCUAUGACCACAGCAGGGUGAAAUUGCGAGCUUUGGCAGGAAAAGAUGCCAAACAUUCGGAUUACAUCAACGCCAACUAUGUGGAUGGCUACAACCGUCCCAGGGCUUAUAUCGCUGCUCAGGGUCCUCUCAAGUCGACGUUCGAGGACUUCUGGAGGAUGGUGUGGGAGCAGAACACAGGAAUCAUUGUCAUGAUCACCAACCUGGUGGAAAAAGGGAGGAGGAAAUGCGACCAGUACUGGCCAACGGAGAGCAGCGAGCAGUACGGAAACAUCGUGGUGACGCUGAAGAGCACUAAAGUGCACGCCUGCUAUACUCUGCGCCGGUUUCUCAUAAGGAAUACGAAAGUUAAAAAGGGUCAGAAGGGGAACCAGAAAGGGAAGCUUAAUGAACGCAUCGUGAUCCAGUAUCACUACACUCAGUGGCCUGACAUGGGAGUACCGGAGUACACCCUCCCUGUCCUCACUUUCAUCAACCGCUCCUCAGCGGCUCGUACUGCAGACAUGGGUCCCGUCCUGGUGCACUGCAGUGCAGGGGUCGGGCGCACGGGAACGUACAUCGUCAUCGACAGCAUGCUGCAACAAAUCAAGGACAAAAGCACAGCCAGUGUCCUGGAUUUUCUCAAACAUAUACGCACACAACGCAACUACCUUGUCCAGACCGAGGAGCAGUAUGUUUUCAUCCACGACGCGCUGAUGGAGGCCAUCCUCAGCAGAGAGACGGAGGUGCCGGCCUGGAAGCUGCACGGCUACGUCAACGGCAUCCUGACGCCUAACUCGACCGGCCGCACACGGCUGGAGAAGCAAUUCAGGCUGCUGAGUCAGUGCAACACACGCUUCGUCGAGUGCUUCAGCGCUCACAAAGACUGCAACAAGGAGAAGAACCGCAACUCCUCAGUUGUUCCCUCGGAAAGAGCAAGGGUUGGACUCACCACCCUUCCUGGCAUGAAAGGAACAGAUUACAUUAAUGCAUCCUACAUAAUGGGCUACUACAGAAGUAAUGAGUUCAUUAUUACCCAGCAUCCUUUGCCCCACACCACCACAGACUUCUGGAGGAUGAUUUGGGACCACAAUGCUCAGAUUAUCGUCAUGCUGCCUGACAACCAGGGGCUGGCCGAGGAUGAAUUUGUUUACUGGCCGAGCCGAGAAGAGGCCAUGAACUGCAUCGCCUUCACCGUAACUCUCAUCAGCAAGGACAGACUGUGCCUCUCCAAUGAGGAGCAAAUCAUCAUCCACGACUUCAUCUUGGAGGCCACGCAGGAUGAUUAUGUUCUGGAGGUGAGACACUUUCAGUGCCCCAAAUGGCCAAACCCGGACGCCCCUCUCAGCAGCACCUUCGAGCUCAUCAAUGUCAUCAAGGAGGAAGCCAUGACUCGAGAUGGCCCCACCAUUGUGCAUGAUGAGUGUGGAGCCGUGUCAGCGGGCAUGCUCUGCGCCCUCACCACACUGUCCCAGCAGCUGGAAAGCGAGGGCGUCGUCGACAUCUAUCAGGUGGCCAAGAUGAUCAAUCUCAUGAGGCCGGGGGUCUUCACUGACAUAGAGCAGUACCAGUACCUUUACAAAGCCAUGCUGAGCCUGGUCAGCAACAGAGAGUGCAGCCUGAGUCCCACUCACACGGACACUAACGGGGUGGUGGUGAUUGCGGACGAGUCGGACCCUGCGGAGAGCAUGGAGUCGCUCGUCUGAGGACAUUCCUGCAGGCACUUAAUUUGUAAAAAAACAAACAGGAAAAAAAAAAACACCAAUCCAAGAACUUUUCUGAGGCCUUUUUGCCAGACUAUUGAUUAAACGAAUAACCUUAUUACUUUUUAUACUGAUAAAAAGGUUUUUUGAUAUUUAUGUUUUUUUUUUCGGUCCUUUAUUUCUUGUCUUUAAUGUUCUCCUGCUGAGCGUUUGCACCUGUUUCAGUUGACAUGAGGAAAAAGCAGCUCUGUCCACUUUGCACUAAACUAUCAGUGUUACUGCCUACACCCAGCGAGUGGAACAAAACCUCGGGGGUGCGGGGGGUCGGGGAGGGGGGUUUCGGACCGCAUCGAGACAAAACCUGAAGCAUGAAGACCAGGAUGAGUUGAGGCGAUCCACCUAAAGUAAAGUCUUAAACCACUUCAUCACACCGUUUCAUA